AUGACCCAAGAAGCGGAUGAGAAAUUAUUCUUACCAAAAUCUAGUUUGGGCUCCGGGUCUGCAACUGUCGCUGAUUCAUCUCAACGGUCAAAUGUUUUCCGGACUAAAGUGAAGUUUAUUACGAAGAAUAAAGACCCCACAUUUACCAAUCUUUAUUCACAAAAAGAAGCCGUCUUUGUUUUUGAUCCAGAAAGUACCGUCCAGCAGGCUGCAGAUUACGCUGCAUCUCAUUAUCCAGCUUCAAACUUUCAAUCAAUACCCAUUUUUCAUAAGGUGUGGGUUUUCUUUUCAGAAUCCAAGAUCUUGAGGAACACAAUGGCUGUUACAGAUGUUGAAGUGAAUGUACAUUCUAUGUUUAGGGAAGAUGAUAUUAUGAUAGUGACCAAUGACGCGGAUAUUCUUGAUAUUCAACAAAAGCAGGCGGGCCGUAUGUUGGUGACUUUUUUUUCAGGAUUUGGUGCUUUCCUGAUCGCAUUUCUUGGAUUCCUUGUUUUUAUUACAUGGUAUUAUGACCUUCAUUAG